AUUCUUUAAAAAAUUUCCUUAAACGCAAAAAUAAGAGUUCUCAAAAGCAAGUUAUAAAACUCAUAUACUGCCUAACGUGCGCACUUUCAUCUACCUAAAGUCAUGGCAAUUCUUCUGCAAUUCUCUGGUUUCCCACUCCGUACCAAUAUCUCUUCGCCGGAUUCUAGAAUCUUCCUGCUCGGAAAGCGUCCAUCUGUCAUCAGAUGCUCCUCCGCAGAAACCGCUUCGGCCUCCUCUUCCGCCAUAGUCGGUUCUGAGUUUGAUCCCAAGACCUUCCGGAAGAACUUGACCAGGAGCGCGAAUUACAAUCGCAAGGGAUUUGGUCACAAAGAUGAAACUCUGGAGCUCAUGAAUCGCGAGUAUACUAGUGAUAUCAUAAAGAAGUUGAAAGAAAAUGGCUUUGAAUAUACUUGGGGAAAUGUAACGGUUAAGCUGGCAGAAGCCUAUGGUUUCUGCUGGGGGGUUGAGCGAGCGGUUCAGAUAGCGUAUGAAGCAAGAAAACAAUUCCCAACAGAAAGGAUUUGGAUCACAAAUGAAAUUAUACACAACCCCACUGUGAAUAAGAGGUUAGAGGAAAUGGAAGUCAAGAAUAUACCUGUUGAUCAAGGGCAGAAAAAUUAUAACGUUGUGGACAAGGGUGAUGUUGUUGUUUUGCCUGCGUUUGGGGCUUCUGUUGAUGAGCUGGUAACUCUGAGUGAAAAGAAUGUACAAGUAGUUGAUACAACCUGCCCAUGGGUAUCUAAGGUUUGGAAUGUAGUUGAGAAACACAAAAAAGGAGAAUAUACCUCCGUGAUUCAUGGUAAAUAUGCUCAUGAAGAAACUAUAGCCACUGCAUCUUUUGCAAGAAAAUACAUCAUUGUGAAGAACAUGACAGAGGCAGCAUAUGUCUGUGAUUAUAUUCUUGGAGGUCAACUUGAUGGUUCUAGCUCAACUAAAGAAGCCUUUCUGGAGAAAUAUAAAUAUGCAGUUUCCAAAGGUUUUGACCCAGACUCCGAUCUCUGUAAAGUUGGAAUUGCUAACCAGACAACAAUGUUGAAGGGAGAAACUGAAGAGAUUGGAAAAUUAUUUGAGAAGUCCAUGAUGCGCAAGUAUGGAGUUGAAAACGUCAAUAACCACUUCAUGAGUUUCAACACUAUUUGUGAUGCUACUCAAGAGAGACAAGAUGCCAUGUAUAAGCUAGUAAAGGACAAGAUGGAUCUUAUGUUGGUAGUUGGCGGUUGGAACUCAAGCAACACUUCACACCUACAGGAGAUUGCAGAGGAACACGGGAUCCCGUCAUAUUGGGUUGACUGUGAGCAGAGAAUUGGUCCUGGAAACAAAAUAAGUUACAAGCUAAUGCAUGGUGAGUUGGUUGAGAAAGAGAACUUUCUGCCUGGAGGACCCCUCACGAUAGGGGUGACAUCUGGUGCAUCCACUCCUGAUAAGGUUGUGGAAGAGGUCCUCAUCAAGGUGUUUGAUAUAAAGCGCGAGGAAGCCCUGCAACAGGCAUAAACUUGAAGGACAUGUAAUACAAUUGAUGCCAACUAAGCAUGAUAUACGCCAUGCCUUGUUUGGAGGUCUAUUAUGAUACAGGCAAUCUAUACUUCAUACAAGACUGGUUCUUUGUACCAAUAAUUAAUAUCAGAUACUACAAGUUUAUAAUAAUAUAUAUUAGGGUCGUUU